GCCCGUACCGGAAGCGCCGCCUGCAGGCCCCGGCGGGGAGCGGGGCCUCCCCCGGGCAACAUGGCGGGGUGGAGGCAGGAACUGGUGACCUUCGAGGACAUCGCCAUCUAUCUGAGCCGCACAGAGUACGAUGCCAUUGAGGAGGAGCAGAGGGAGCUGUACCGCAGCGUCAUGCUGGACAACUACAAGCUCUUGAUGUCCUUGGGUUACCCAGGCCCCAAACCCGACAUUUUAUACCGGCUGGAGAACGGGGAAGAGCCGUGGGUCUGCACGUCGCCGACCCCGGUGAGGUGGGAUGGACCCGACAGCCCCUCUCCAGGAUACGAGGAGGACAGGAGCCGGCUGGAGGAGCCUCUCUCAGACUGGUGGCCUGGUGCUAGUGAGCACCGUGUGCCGGAGGAGGGGACGGAGACCCCCUGCCAAGCAGGAGGACGGUGCACGCAGUGGCGUCUCCGGUCUAGGAGACUGCUGAAGAAGUUCGGGUGUCUCGGGGACAGGAGUGAGUUGCCGGCUGAGGUGGCUAGCACAGGAGUGGGGCCAGCUGAAAGCCGAGACCAGGCACAGACGGUCUUGUGGCCUGGGAAGGAAGGAGAAGUAGAGGAUAAACGAGAGGUCACAGCAAACGUCAGCCAAAGCAGAGGAUUGCCGCUUCAUCCAGUGCCGGAACAGCAGAACAAAAAGGCAAAUCCUCAGGAAUACCGGCGUGGUGACCGCAGGGAGAAGUUUCAAAGGGGUGCCCCAAAAAGUCAAUGCCCGUCGUUGCAGGGAAAUUCGGAACUGUCUGUCGAGGAGCUGAAUGAGACCAUUUUCAAAGACCACUGUUACUGCGUGUUGAGCGAGGCACCGCUCGUGUGUUGCACCCUGCGUCCGUGUCCUCUGAGAGAACACGACUACUGCGGAAACCACAAGGACGGCGUCUGGGCCCUUAAGGACCACGAUUACUGUCACGUGCAGGGGAUUCGUUCCCAGGGCAGAGUUAAUAAAAUCGUUCAUCUCACCGGCAAGGCUCGGGCCGUGCUUCGCAGGCUGGCAGCACGAAAAUCCCGCAUCGGGCGAAUCGUCAGGAAAGCCAGGCGAAUUUUGUGGCAUUACAGACCUUGGGUCAACAAGAGGCUGGAGUUCCCUGAGAGUUUGUUUAGCACCUCUGAACCUCCCGUCCUUCCUGCCCAGGCAGAAGAUGACCCCACGAAGGGAACCCCUGGGGCGUUUUGUUCUCCUGCAAAGCGGGAGGCUGCGUCCCCCCAGCCUCGGAGUGAGGGAAGCUCCCAAGGGACGACGGCGGAAGCAUUUUGCGUCCCUGUGGUGUCUUCUGAACUGGUGGCUGCUCCCCCACCCUCAAACGCAGCCACAGAGGUGAAGAGAGAAGCGACGCGCCCCGAGGCAUCCAUACGCUGCGAGGCGCAGAGGGCCCAGCUUAAGCUGCUCCAUAGCCCGGACGCCAAGCAAAACGACGAAGGACAAGAAGCCGUUAAUUCCGAUUACGUAUCGCUGCAUGACGCCUAUAAAAUGGUGAUGCGGACCGUCGACAACACGCCGGACUCCGUUUGCCGGAACUUCGAGCUCGGCGACUACUCGCAGCGUAAGGAUCUCUGGCCCCUCGUCAUUCAGACGGGCAGCUGAGCCGCGGCAGGACGGCGGCGGCGACGCUCGGCUCUCUCGAGGCGAACGCUCGGCACCUUCUUCCCUGCAGCAAAACCCCCCUGGAGCCAUCUGAGAGAAGAAACGCCGUGAAGGGCGUGCAGAGGCGGAUUAAUGGGUAUAAAACGCGAUAUGCGGCACCCGCUGGGGAAGCUGGGAUCAUCUGGGAGGUUUUGGGGAAAAGGCCAAGAGAAAAGGCAGGAUUGGUUUGGAUAAAAGGAGGAAACAGGGG